GGCGGCCAUAGAAAAAUAAAAUAAUUCACGUUUGCUAAAAUUAGGAAGAAAACGUUAAAAAUGUAUGAAAAAAUUUUCUUAAAUCGAUCCCUAUGUCUAACCUGAACCCUAAAUCUAUGCCUAACCCUAACCCAAAAUCUAUCCCUAUGCCUAACCCUAAAUCGAUCCCUAAACCUAACCUGAACCAUAAAAACUAGCCGUAAAUCCACAAGUAAAAACACUUUGCCAAGAAAACUAUAAAAAUUAACACAAAAAAAUAAAAAAGGGCCCCAAAAAAUUAUAAACUAAAGAAAUAAUGAAAAUCCAACUUACAGUUUCAUGAAAUACACUUUUACACACUUUAUUUCAGGUUCCAACGAAAAUAUAGCCACAAAAUGAAUAAAUCUCCACACCCCAUAGGGACCCCAAAGAUAUCAAAUAUGGCGGAACAAAAGAAAUAUGAUAAUGAGCCAACCAAUGAAGAUUUUAAAAUUAUAAUUAAUCAACCAAUAAAAUUUUUAUUCCGAAAAUGCAACUCUUUUAAAAAAAAUAAGAAAAAAUUACGGGGAAUGAAUCCAAAACAAAGUCGUCGUGGGCCGCUCAGUCUGAAACAGCCGGAUUGAUAUAUUUAAUAAGUGAAUUAGGCUUUGCCUUACUGCUGAUUGAUUAAGUUACUUUCACUCUUUAUUCUUUAUAGAAAUGUCAGUGUCAUAAUGAUAAAUUAUAAUUAUAAAUAAUUAACUGAGGGAGGGAAAGCAUUUCAAGCGCGUACCCUGAAAGUGAUAUAUUAUCUGCUUUCCCUCCCUCAGGGAAAGGAUUAGCCUAUUUCAAUAAUCAAUAUCUGAGUAGUCGGUAGCACUACACUUAAACACUAGCUAUGAUAAAUUAUGCUAACUGAUCUAUUGACUAGAUUCUAGACAAGAAUAAAAGGAAGCUCUGGAUCCCUACACUCUAUAUAUGGUUCGAUUUUGAAGAAUUCAAAUAUAAUUAAUGUAUUUUUAGGUUUGGCUGAGAUUACUGAGAAAUACUACAAGUAAUCGAGUUUAAGUGAAUAUGAGAUGGCCACUGAAGCUGAACUAUCCAUUUCCAGGUUUAUCUUCUUUUUUUAAAAAUAAUACCAAAAAUUUAGAAAAAUUAACUUUGAGUCCUAUUUAAUUUUAAUUAAAUAAGUUAAAAUUUAAACAUAAUAUGAAUUUACAGAGCUCAAAAUUUAAGUAAAUUAUUUUUUAUUCUGUAGUUUUUCAUUAUAAUUAUAAUUUAAUCCUAAGCUUAAGCCUCAUCUCAUUUUGAAAAGAAUAUUUAGCUUUCGCUUAAGUUUCCAAAACCAUGAAAAAAAAGCAAAGAUAUAUGUCGACUUGACUUGUUCUGACCCUCUAAAUUGCUCUGUCCUCAGACUACCUGAAAUUCAAUCCUAUGGUGAUUUCCCAAAGACCGAACAAUAUUUAUGGGAUAAAAGCUGUAUUGGAAAAGCUAUUUUCUUGAAUAUUAGUCACUACAGGUAUAUGAAAAUCAAUAUUUAAACUUCAUUCCACAAAACAGAGUGCUUAAAAUUAAAAUCAGAUCUUUUGCAGAGGUGUUCACUAAAUAUAUCAGACAUUUUUUGUCCCAUUUCACCACUGAUUUAUAAGGGACACAAUUGGCAUAUGUUAUAUUAUGUAGAUGACACUACAACUGAUACAUGAGAAGCCAUCACAUAUAGUAAAUGUCUCUUUGGGAAAGGUAACUUUUUAAGUUUCAAUGAUAUAAAGGAGAGACAUACAUGGCAUUGAUAUAAAAUUACAGUGCACAGUCCUAAAGUGGUAUAGGUUAAAAAUAAUUUCAAAAUUUUUUACAAUUACUGUUUCAUUGUUGUCAAGACAUUGUAUCUGUUGUGUUGCAAAUCAUCCACUAAUGGCAAUGAGUGUCUAUUCAUACAGCCAAGUCUCCCACUUGAUCAUCGAACAGCACAACCAAUAGUAAUAGUUUCCAAUUCAAUAAACACUCCACGGUUCGUUACAAUAUAUAAGUUUAAUAUGCCUCUUCAACAUGACAAUCAGUGUACUUCACUAUACAGCUUGUAAACGUUCAACUUCACAAUAUAUCUAGUUGAAAUCCUCACACAUAGAAACAUCACACAAGAAGCUAUGUCUUGAAUAGUGCGCAACGACAAUCUCUCUUCUCCAACAACACUAAAACUAACGCGUCACUUCCCAUUACACAAUUACGUCACAACACUCUCACACAAAUGAUACAGCUACACGUAAAAUCUCUAACUCAACAUCUUUUCCCUAUCAAACAUGAUAACAAUGCUCUACACAUAACAACAGUGAUUCUCAUACCCUUGACAAUUGUUAUGUUGUUUUUCAACACCCUGUAUUACCUAAUGAUAAGCUUAUCAUUUAAAGAGAUUAAUUUUCAGAAAGUAACUAAAAGAUUUAGUUAUUUUUGAACUGCUACCUAGAAUGUCUAAUAUAAUCUUCAUUUUCAACCAGGAAGCCAAAAAUAUGUAUAUCAGAGAAAGUACUACAGCUUCUUCAACACCAAUGUGAACAUUUUGCACAAGCUAGCCACAGACUCAUUGGAACCCUUGUUGUUGAAGAUGGUAUGUUACAUAUUUCCAGACCUGUUUACUCUUAUGAUUUUGGUGUACAGUGUAUGAUUUUGAGAUGUCUUUUAAGAUUGUACGCCAAGACCUGUCAAGACUAUGAUUUUCAGAAAUAUAUAAAAUAUAUACAUUCCAUUGGAUUUUCCAAAUAAAAAAUAAUUAAAGUGAUCAUUUUGGGUUGUUAGUUUUAACUUGCAUUUGCAUUCCGCAUCCUGCAAUGAAUGAAAUAUAAUUCAUAUGUAGGUCACUAAGCGCCAUCUAAUAACUGAAAACAUUAGUUACUCAAGUGAGUUACUGUUUCACCACCACCGCUAGGUCACAUUGGAUUAAGUCAAAACAAAAUUAUGAAAAUUUUGCAAUAUUUGGCAAUGCCGCUGUGAGCACACCACAGCAACCCAUAUAGAAAAAGAGGUUGGGGGGCAGUCAUGUGUGCAACAAGGGGGGGGGGUGGUAGAAAAUUUGGCUUUUUUUGUGUGUACGUACCAUAUAGAUGGCCCCUCCCAUUUAUUUGUUUCUGCUCUGUAUGACGUAAUUUUGUGACAAUUAUUUCUUGCGUUUGAACCAAGAUGAGUGCAGAAAUGGAGAAAACUAGAGAAUGCAUUCUCAACUGUUCUGCGCAGCAACAUUAAAUUUCAACAUAUUUUAUAGGAUCUGAGAGGGCCUUUGAAAUCUAUUUUAAGAGUGCCAAAACAGCUGUAUGAUUUUUAUUAUCCCCUCUUCCUUUCACCCAUUUACAGCUUGUGGUAGUUAUCAGUGAGUAAUAUCUACUUUUAUAAGUUACCCUUUUUGAUGUGAUGCGAGUAGUCGUUGUAUACAAUAAAUACUGUAUGUUUAUUUAUUUACUAUUAAGAUACUGUAUUAUUAUGAUUUUGGGGCGAUAUUGUACGAUUUUAGGAGUUUGAGGGUAAGCAGAUCUGUAUUUCUGUAAAACUUGUUAUUUAUUAUAAAGCAUCUUUAUGUGUCUCAGCUUUCAAUUCAUAAUCCCUACUCUCUUUCACACAAUGACAAGUAUAUGUGUAAUAUUACAAGACAAGCACUAGUUUUUUUUCGUUAAGGUCUUAUUUGGGAGAAAAUUAUUAAAUUAAAUGCCCUAGUAUUAUAAAUUUCAAGAAGAAAUAUUUUAAAAGAAAUAUUUUGAUACAAAUGCUCCAUACUGUUGGAACAAAUAUUUUACAGACAGAGAAGGUGUUCAGUUUCAAAUUGAUAGAUUUGAUACAAAUCCAUCUUCUCCCCUGGACAUAUCUGGCAUGGCUCCAGGAGAUGUGCUCAUUCCAUUUGAGGUAGAUUAAUGAUUUUAUGGUGAAUUUCAUCAGGUACUCUAAUUAGGGCUUUUGAACAGUGAACAUUAGUUUAAAAUAAUGCAUUUUUUUAAUAAAAAAAUCUUAAUAGUUCCUUAUUUCAUUCAUGCUAAAAACUUAAAAUCAUCGAUUUCUAAGUUUAACUCUUAAAAUAUUGUCUUGUAAUGCAGAGUGAUUUGCAAGUCUUGGAGAAGUUUUUUUAAUACUACAAAGUAUUUUAGCCAUUUAGUGUCAAGUUAUGUAUAUUGAUAUAUUUUUAUUUGAUUGAAACAUCUUGGGAGUCUUGAAAUAACAAAUAAAGUCUUGCAUUUUGUAUCUAUCAUAUCCCUUUAUUACGGUACCGGUACUUGAAAGAUAAGGAAGUGACUAAAUAUUUUAAAACUUCUCAUAAUGAUGAGGCGUUAAAUUGACAAUGGGAAAAUUAACUAAUAAAUAUCUAUUUCAGGUCACCAACAACAUAGCCAAGGAACGCUGUGGAUCUAUUGACAGUUAUGUUAAAGCAUUUAAUGUAAGAAUAUAAAAUUAGCUAAUAUUGAUGAGACCAUGACUAAUCUCAAUAUUUUUUGGUCAUAUUUUGUUUCAAUCAAAGCCUCAAUAGGCGUUUGGAAUGCUUAUUUCUUUUCUAAUAAACAAAUGUCUGUGAUUAUUAAAAUUCUCCUGCACAUUAAAUUUUUUCUUUGUUGGAAUGUUUUAAAAUGCUAUUGCUUAUCCCCUUUGAUUUUUUUAGGUUUUACAAGAACGUUGUUGCAGUAAAAGAAGUAUUGAACUUUCCGACUUCUUGAUUUUGCAAGGCAGUGCAUCAUUCUAUAGCAAUUCCCACGCAUCUGUCUCACACUUGGAUAUUGAUAUGAUCACAAUAGAUACAGUAUUUAAGGCUGUCCCAAUAACUCCAAUCCCUAUUGUCUUGACAGCCUUAUCUAAAAAUCUGGCAGGUCCAAUGAGUUUAAGCCAUAUGCAAGGCACGCCAAAAACAGGGUAGGUUUAAAAGAUACUAUUUUUAAAAUAUUCAUUUUACUUCUUUUCUUGGCUUGUUUACAUUCGAUAAACAGUAUAUACAAAAUUGAAUAGUUUUAAUAGUUACAUUCAUGUAUGACAAUAUGUUAGUUUGAUUGGCAUCCGAGCUCUGGAUUGUGAAUUUGUAUAAUCUGAUCUAAAAAAAUUAGACCAGGACACAUUACCCAUUAGCUAAUAUUUUUAUUUAGAAGUUAAAGAGGUCUGUAUUAAAAAAACAAGGAAUAUAAGUAAUCUGCAAAGUAAAUCAUAUUCCAAUUGUUUUACAACUUUUACUUUUCAGUGCAGCCUCUUAUCAGAGUAUCACUGAAUGCAGAAAAUUAAGUAAUAACCAAAGAAUGAUAAUUUCAACAACCAUUUCAUUACCUAAUUAAUAUUUUAAAUUUAUUUGUUUAUUAGGUAUUUGACAAUGGAUCACACCAGAAAGUUGUUAUUAGUCCUAGAAUCAGACCCAAAGACAUCAAACCUCCCAGUGAUUGGCAUGUAUGUAAACCUUGUUUUUAAUAUGGGCCUAUAUGGCAUAUUUAUUUAGUCAGUAAACUAUUUUUUAUAUAGGAUUGUGUCUAAAGAGUUUUACUAUUUUGGUUAUCAUAAUAUAGUUUUUUAUAUUACCAUUUUUAAUAUAUUUCAGUUAACUAACUUUUCUCUUGUUACAGAUGGGUGUCUGGGGUUGAAUUUGUUCAGCAUCCUUUUGUUUGGGCUGCAUGUUUGCGCUACAUUCAUAAUGCAAACCUUACCGACAGGUAGGUACACAAAAAUAGUGCUUAAAUAACUUCCCUAUACAAGCAUACUCCUCAUAAUGUUCACAGAAAUUAAUUGUAAAUGAUAUGGUGUAACUAUUACUAAUUCAGUCUUAACAUUUUGUUUUCUGUCGUUGUCAAAGGCCAUAUGAUCAUCUUUUUAAGUAAAGAGGACUUAACCUGAAAAUGUUAAUUAUUUAAGUCCUUAUUUGCUAUGUAACUUCAUUUAUUACCUUCAACAUUCAUGUAAUGGUUCUAAACAUAAAAGUAAUCACUGCCUCAUGUUUUCUUAUCUGCAGAGUUUGUUUGCCUCCUGAUGACUUCCUUUUGAUAAUCUACUCACCCCUUCAUUCCAGGCCAGAGUUUUAUCAGUGUGUCACAAAUUCUGGCAAUACAAAUCUUGAUUUUGAACUAUUUUCAGGUUAUGAAGUGGCAAACAUUGUCAAGGUAUGAUGUAUUGCAUUUUCUUCAGAAUACUUUAUAUUAAAUUUUGUCAAAAAUAGUUGUUUCUCACAUUAUUCUGAUAAAAAUACUAUUUCACAGAAGUCCUUAAGGGGAGGUGUGUUUGAGAAAUGGGCAAAAAUGACAAAUUUUGAAUAUUUUUUUUUAUUGUUGUCUAUUUGAUUUCAUUAACCAUUUCUUUAAUUAGAGUAUUAGAUUUGUUUUUACAAAAGUAAGUUAUAAAAUCUAAUAAAUUAAAUUUUUCUGAUCCUAUCAAUCAGCAAUAAGUCAAAAUUACCCCAUUGUUGAGUGCUUUUACCCCUUUUGUAUGAUUAUUCAGAAUCCCCCAAUCCCAACAAAUUUGGUAUGGUUGGAAAGCUGAUUAUUUCCUCCUUUAGAUAAAUUUAGCUUUUAGUCAAAGAAAAUUAUGAAAGCAACCAAACCUUUUAAUAGCCGGUUAUUCCUAGCAAAAUAUGGUAUUUUCCUGACCUACUUGAUGUGUCACAUGAUCUAGCCCUGACCUUUGACACUUCACCCAACGCUACGCUACUUCACUAGUUGGAAGAUAGAAAAUUACCAUGCAAAUAAUAAUGGUAAGUUGUUAAACAAAAAAAUCUUUUAGUUGCUUAGAGUCAAAUUUGAUGUGUCAAUUAUUCCUCAUGCUAAUGCUAAUGAGUAAGCCUAUUCUCACUAUUUUGCCUAUUGCAUUGCAGGCCUACAAUGAGUGAAUGAAGUCUUCUACUUAAAAUAUAGUAAUACUCAUAGUAAACACUGUUAGUGACAGUAGUAAAAAUAAAAACUAAUAGACACUAUAGUAAUUAAUAAUUAAUUGUGAUCUAUGACUUACAAUAGCAAUUAAAUUGGUAAUAUUUUAAAUUUCUAACUUUUUGUAUCGCGGCAUACAUACAUUAGUGUUAUUUUAUUCUAAAAUAAAAUAAGAGCCUCAACAAAUUUUACUUGAAAUACUUGUUAACAAUGUCUAUUAUGUUUUAAGAGUUAGACCUAUCAUUAAUUAAUGUCCUUAUAUUUAAUUGUUGGGAAGCAUUUAAUAAAAAUAUCUAACUUCAAGUUUGUUGUUUUCAGGUGAUGCAGAGUGAAUUGGCCGAGCAUAGCAGAACACAACAUGCAUUAUAUUUCCUAUUUAUAAACUACACUAUACUGUUUUGCCUUAGUCUAUUUAGCCCUAAUGUGUACAUGAAAAAGGAGUGUCCUCAUUAUGUCUUACAAAUGUUACAGAUUCCUAGUUGCAACAUAUGUUCCAUGAAUCAAAAUAAAAGUAACCUCAAGUAAGUGGAGGAGGCAAGAGAAGACUAACACAGAAUACAUCAUAAGGCUUAUUUUAUGUUAUUCAAGGACAAAAAGAAUAAGCCUGCAGUUGAAAGGACCAUAUUAAUAAUUUCCUUGCUUCAACAUUGUAUCUCUAUCCAAUGUGAUUUUCAACAUGAUUAGUGUUAAACUUUGAUAGCUAAUUAGAUUUUACAAUGGUUUGUUUCAAAUUCUUGAUAUAUAUGAUUGGUUUAAUUCAUCAAGUUCUUUAUACGUUCAUACACGGUACCGUAAUAACACAAAUCUUUUUUCCAUAAUUAAUGCAACUUUCAUCUAUAAAUAUAUCCACAGAAUUUACAUUUCAUCAAUGAUGUAUAGCACAGCUUUACAUCAGAGAGAAUGAUACACAACUAUCUCUGACAAAGUUCUUUCCACAACUGCUUACCAAUAAGCACGUACACCACCAAAACAAUCUAGACAAACACAUCAUAAUAACCAUAAAAAUACUUCACCAAGUAAAACAAGGGAGGAGCGUUCACUAACUAAUUUAUCUCUCAAAAACACACUGCUCAUAAUCAAACACAAUAUCCAGUGCGCAACAAUUAUUAAUGAACUACCAUACCGGACAGAGUGAUCACUGAUUUUUCUGGCUGUUGUAUGCUUUUUAGGCUCAAUACAUGUUGCAACUCAAGGGACUAAAAAGUUGUGUACUAGAAAUCAGAAAAGUUACAACUGAUAAUAUUCAUUCCAUCAUUACGACUUGCAGGACCGACAAUUUUUAUACAAGACAUAGAGUUGCAUUUUUAUCAUACAUCAUACAUGAACAAUGCCAAAUAACUAUCUGGAAUUGCAUUUUCAUAUAGCUUAAAUUUUGAUUUUAUUGUUUUGCAUUUUUGGGGGGCCAAAAAAAGAAAAAAAUUAAAAAAAAAAAAAAAAAAAAAAAAAAAAACAUUCACACAGGGAAAAGUUGAGUGGCCAGGACAAAAGGACCUGGAAAAGGAUAAAAAAAUGUCUACAAUAGGCUAAUGAAAUGUUUCAAGUCCAGUUGGAAUAAAUGUAUUAAAUUUCACUGAUAUUUUCAUCGUUUUUGUCAUUUUACUUCCUUAUUUCAGUUUUCUCUUUUUUCAAUAUUUUUGGUCACCAAUAUUCCUAUAACUUUUUUAUUUAUAAUCCAAACCUCACCAAAUUUUGCCAGUUUAGUGACCAAUAAAAAAAACAUUUGAAUAACCUAGAAUUAAGAUAACUUUGUAGAGAAGAAAAUGGGUUAAAAAGAAUUCUCCCACACCCUUAUUUUUUGCAAAAGAGAAAUGGAUUAACUUUUUGUGACCCUGUUGAUUUAUAACUAUUACUAUUACAUGAAAAAGUCCUGUUAUUUAAAGUUUUAUUACAUAAUGUAUAUUUAAAAUCUAAUGGCAAUAACUUUUUUGAAGAAUACUAAAAUAAUAAAAAUGGCAGGGGUUUUUAGGGGUUUCAAAGGCAACCAAUAAAUUUCUUUAUUUAAAGCGUAUUUUGUACCUCCAUUACAAUACCAAAAAAGGCAUAGGUAGUAAAAUCCCAAUUAAAGCCAAACAAAAUUUUUAGAUUUUUUAUCCUCACCUCACCUUUAAAAGAAAAGACAUUGAAAAAAAAAAUGUUCAUUCAAUUUUAUGCUAUUUUUGUGUUUCGUACUUAAUUGUCUCUGUGUCCAAAACAGGCACUUUCAAAUCCUUCUGAAGGCUUUACUGAAUUUGAAUUGAGACCAGCAGAUGUCAGAAGCAAGAUGGAAAUGUUUGAUGCAGCUAAGGCAAAGCAUAGCAUGCUAUUGUAAGAAUAUUUUAUACAACUUUUUUGUACCAGGUACUUAAUGUAACUAGUUAUUAAAGUAGCACACCUUGGCCCUUUCUGGAACUAUGCAGCCUGUGGUUUAGAAAUGGGGACUGGGCAGUACCUUUUUCCUUUAUAUUGUGUGUAGCAUAUUCAGCUAACUGCAGAGUGUUGUUCUUGGUAGUGGGGCAGCAAAUAUCUUGACCCGCCUGCGCUGUAAUAACCCUAUCUUCACUACUGUGUAAAGCAUGCCGCAAGUAAAGACAUAAAAUAUAGAUUUAAAAAGUAUAUAUAUGUUUUUUUUAUAUUUGGCUCAGUAAUUAUCAGUACUUCAAGCAUGACUGCUUAUCAUCUUUAAUGAGAACAAAAUUUAAAGACAUUGUCGAUAUGUAUUGACAGUUGAAGAUUAUAGAAGAAUUGAGAUUGAAACUUUUCAUUCCUUAAUUUCCAAACUAUUAUUAUUAGUGGUUUUAUAUAGUGUGGUGUAACCCAGCCUAGGGCUGGGCUCACCAGGCUGUACAUAAAAUAUAACAAAUAUAAUGAUGAACUUAAAAAUGAACAUACAUUAAUUAAAUAAAACAAAACAAAUGUAUAUUCACUACAUUCCAGAAAUAUUUACAUAUCAAGCCAUGGAUGGCACCCAACCGCAUCGUUUAUUGGUCAGAGGGGGGAAUCAGUCAGGAUAGUAGAGUUUAAAGAGAUGUGUUUUGAGUGCAGUUUUGAAGGCUGUGAUGGUCGGUAUAUUGCGGAUGUGUAGUCGAAGAGAAUUCCACAAAUACUGAAAGAAAAUUUGUUCUGCGAAGUUUUGUUGAUGUUAUACCAUAUAAAUGUGUUUUGAGAUCCCAUUGUAUAUCUUUGUAACUUUGAGAAAUAGUUGAAUUUCUGUUACAUGUUAGAUGUCAAUCCAAUUCCAUAAGCCCUACUUCUUUGCAAUUGUGGCGGAUAUUGGUUCUAUGAUUCAAUGAUCUUUGUAAAAGGUUAAGUGUCUGUUAAAGCCUGUUAGUGUUAGUUUAUUGGAGCAUCUAGGAUAUUCUAAUUCUGACCUUGCUUUUCUUCUUCUUCUAUACAAGGUUCUUUCCACAGGAAGAGGUUUUCUAACCACUGCGGUGCGCAGUAAAACACUAUAUCCAGAGCGCAUAAAUAAUUAGUGAAUUCCCAUACUUUACAAUAUUUACAACUAAUCUAAAAGGUUUUGAACUUUGUUACAAAUGUUAUCAUCCGCUUUGUUUUAAUGAAGUUAGGGUUAGUGGUCAAUGCUUUGUAAUUUGAAUGUACAACUAUACAUAUCCUAGGAUUGCAAGAUGUUACCACAGCCUCAGUAGCCCCUUAUCACUGCAGUCGAAAAUAGGGAUUGGCAUUAUUAAGGAGAGUCAUUUUGGGUCCACUUCAUAAACUAUUUAUGAAUGGCUUUUGUAUAAAGUGUAUUUUGUAUGUUUUGGGGGGCUGCAAAGUCGAUGACCAUUCCUGAUGUCACCAACUUAAGCAACUCCACUCCCCCUCCUUUAUAAAAUGACUUUUUGCUCAAAUUUAAAUGCCUUCCAUGUGACUUAAUAGUCCACUAAUUUAGAAAGUUUGUACUUUUUGCAGGUUAGAGAAGGGGAUGAGUUGUGGAAUGACAGAUGAUAUUGAACCAAGAUCUGCACCUACUCCUCAUAUGGAAAAAGUAUUUUUAAUUUCAUUAUUAAAAAUGUCAACAAUAUAACUCGGUUGUCUUAUUAAAAUUUUGGUUGGAAUUUUUGUAAAGGGUCAGUCUUAAAUAGAAGUCUCUUCUUACAUAUGUUCUCAAAAUUAUGUGAACCCUUUUGUUUUAACUUUAGAAAUGUUAAGUUCAGAAAAGUAACAUAACUAUCACUCCAAUUUUUGAGACCCACUAUUGUGUUCAUUUGCAUUGUCAAUGAAAAUCCCUAUAGUGUUACAAAUUCAACGGUUUUAUCUUCUCACUCUCCAAUAGGUCCAAAGGAUGCGCCCUAUGGUGCCAGAUGUGUCAGUACUGUGGACAGAUUCAUCAGAGUUUAAUGCUCCUCCACAACCUUUUAAGCCAACCUAUUCAAAUUUUACUUCUUCAUACCAGCCAGUAGCCAGGUUCUUUCAUCAUUCCUCCGAAGCAAGGACUAUGCCAAACAUGCAAACACCUAUUAGAGCACCCAUAACCUUUAGUUCUGCUCCAUUUUCCCAGCAUUCACGUCCUUCAGGAGGAUAUGGAAGUAUACAAAUGAAAUAUUCACAAAAGACACUACCUUUCAAUAGCACUGCAAGAGCUGAAGGCACCAAAUAUUUUUCAGGGAACUCUGAAUCUGUCUCUACACCAACAAAUCCUUACAAACAACCUUUCUCUAUUCCUAAAAACUUUCAGCACAGCAUUCCUUCAAAUCAAAUGAUUGAUUUUGAGCCAUACCCCUGUAAUGACCACUAUAGGACGGAACCAGUACUCUGUACUUUUCCUUCGAAAGAACUGGUAGAACCCAAGCCUGCUCAAAGUCCAUGGCUGCAACAUUUUAACGCCCGGCCAUCAACAUCAAACACAGUUGCUUCACUACGUCAUUGUGUACCUGCACAAAAUGCACUACAGUGUCCCGCUAACCCUUUAACAGCUAAUCACAUUCACUCAACCCAACAGCCUCUUCAAGUGAAUUCUGCACCAUUAAUUAAAACCUAUUACACUCCAAAUUCUACUCUGAACACAGUUGUUGAAGAAACUUUUUUCUGUCAGAUCAAGGGUAAAAACCGCCAAAAUGAAAGUAAUGCUGAUCAAAGUAGAGAUAAUCAUCCGGGUAACAACACCAACAGCAGCGGCUCCAACGAUGAUGACAGUGGGCUCAGUGCCACUCCUGAAAAAAUUAAUACAUCUCAACCAAAAGGGGUUUCUGCUGCAGCAGGAGAAAAAACAGCACAUCAUUCUUCAUCAUCUGGUAAAAGUACUUGUACAGAAAAUGUUAAGUGGGACCAAGUGCCAGCUGAUAUCCGUGCCUUAUUAAUCCAACAAAAUGAUCAAAUCAGACAGUUACAGCAACAAAUACAAAUGUUACUGCUUCAGCAGCAGGCCAUUCCACUGGAAGACCCACAAGGUGGUCAAACAAUGUCCAAUGGGACUCAGAGCAAUACACCUCGAGACCUUGAGAAACAAUCAAAGAUUAACCAAAUGUCUCCUAGCACCCACAAAAGUGCGGAUCAUAACACUAUCAUGGACAACCAAGUAAUAUCACAAAAUAACAAAGAAACUGCUCAGGAUAGUGAAAUAAUUUCACAAAGCAAACAUACAAGACAAGGCAAUCAAAGCACAACUAGAGACAACCAGAGUAAUCAGAGUAGACUAUCAACUGCACUGAUGUUGUCACCUCAGCUAACAACCUCAACAUCAAGAAACGAUACAAUCCCAAAGCCCCAUGAUAUACAAUUAACAGGUCAAUAGAGAAGAUAUUGUAUUUUCGCAUAUGUAAGACGUGUCUUAUACAAAGUUUUACGUACCCUGUAAUCAGGGUGCGUCUUAUGUCAAAUAUUUUUUUUUAAAUUGUCAAAACCUGCGUCUUAUAUAUGGGUGCGUCUUAGAGGUUAUCUUUUAUGCGAGAAAAUACAAUAAGUAAUUUUAAAUUUUAACAUGAACAAACGGUACAGUGUGUGAUACUGAAGGACGAUCAUUGCGGUGGAUAUUCACGUUUCAUGAUUUUCAUUCCUAGUUGUAAAAACAAUUGGGUAAGUAGUAAGUGUUCAGUAAUUACUACGUGUACCAAUCCAGUGCAGGUCACUUCAAAUUUAAAAUCCUUGGGUUUCAAUGUUUAGGCAUUUAUUGUUUCUAGAAUCUAGAUACCAGGUACUCAACCCAUCCGAUAUAAAUUUCUCAGUGCAACAGAUGGCUAGGCCAUGUGCAUUUUAUGUAAUUUUUGUUUACAGAAAUUAUCAAAACCUACGCCUUAUAUAUGGGGUGCAUUUCAUAAUUAGGUGCAUUUUAUUUGCCCGAAAAUACGGUAUAAAGCAUUAAAAUCUGCUGUGGAUUAAAGCAAAAAUCAAAUGAUUUUUAUAAGUGUCAUUUGACGAGGGAAUGCUUAGGGAGAAACUUUAACUGAUCAGCUUGAUAAUACUAUAGCUUAGGGAAAUAGCAAUGUCCCAAGCAAAAUUAAUGUAUUAUAAUAUCAAUACCUGCUUUAUUCAUUUGUCAUUACAGCCUACAUGUCAAAUAGAAUUAUUUAUCUCUUAGAUGACCUUUAACCUUUAGUAAUAAGGGGAGAGACUGCAAUUAGGUUAAUAAAAUAUAAAAUGAGUCAAACAAAGUAGGGUUAAACUUGAAACCCUAUUAACCCUACUUUGUUUGACUAAUUACUAAUUUUAUAUUUAACCUUUAGUGACCUAUGCUAAUUUAUGUAAAAUGAAAUAUUUCACUUGCAUAAUGUGCAUUAUUUUUUUCUGGACACCCAAUAGCCAAGGCAAGAGAUGAUACUACAUCUCUGACAAAUAAGAAAAGUGAAGCCUGCAUGGUACCAGCUCCUGCAGUAAACGUUAUACCCCAAUGGUCUUCCAAUGAUUCUCAUCAGUCAUCUGAAGUAGAUUUCAGCCAGGAUGAUUUAGCAGCAACUAUGGAAAGUUUCCCAUUCUGUGAGCAAUCAGUGAGGUCUACAGUUUCUGACUUGAUAGUGGAUAUGCCAGACUAUGCAUCUUCAUAUAUUGAUAGGUAAAUGUUGUUUUGUUUGCUGCUGCAAACAACACACAUGGGGUGUUUGAAAGCUAUUCUGUGUGCACAAAAAGAUUAGCCUUUUAAGUAUUGUGGGUGAAUAAAAUAAUUUAUAAUGCAAUGCUCUCAUUCAAUUGAAAAAACAAAUUAUAUCAUAAAAUUAAGUAUAGUUAUAGAGGGUGCAAAGUUUCUAAGAGUUGAAUAAUUUCCUCUAAAAAAAUUGUUUUUUUGUUUUUUUUUAAAUUUAUAAAUAUAAAUGUAUGCCUUUAUCCAAAGGCAUGAUAUUUAAUAAGAUCAAAAAUGUUUUCAUUAUAUUUGGUACCGGUAUAUACUUUUUUUUUUACUAACAGAUCUCAUCUUGAUCAGAGCUUAACAAAUGUCAGUCAGUUCUAUCAAAACAAACAGGUAAAAUCAAUACAAUAUUUAAAAUACCCUUUAAUAAUUUUGUCCAAGUAAGCAUCAUUUUCACUCUGGUGCAGUUUUUUUUCAAGUGGAUCACUAAAAACAAUGUCCUACAUGAAAAGUGGUACAGUUUUCAAUAUGUUGUACAGGUCUUCACUGAAGAAGAAAAAAAUGCACUUUCAAAAAUGGUAGCAGUAGCAGUAAUCAAAACAUUAACAACAAAUUUAGAAUUGGUCAAAAUGUAGCUUAAAAACUAUUGGUCUAUUUAAAGUGACCGUUGGGAUCGGUAAGCUAUCUUUCUGGGGGAGGUGUGUUGACCUACAUGCAACGGAAAUAUUGGUGAAUUGACAUUAACAGUGUAGUGUACCUUUGACUUUGAGAACAUUUUAAUUAAGAGUUAACAAUUAUUAGCUAGAACUAGUGUCUGUAUGACUAAAUUAACUUAAUAUAAGGAGGUUGGACUGUGAUGAAACUUUUUAAGUAAAUUAAUAAGACACAAACGAUUUGUAAAAUAAACAGUUCCUGUAAGCAUUAAUAAUUAUUAUACGAAAUACAAUUUAAGAUACUUCAGUACAAAAACACAAUGGCAUGAAUCUAAAUAAAUUUAACAUAAUAUAGACGAUAUAUCUGUCCUAUUCAAUAAUUGAAAAAAAGGAAGGAAAAAGGAUGGGCACAAGUCAGAUAAAGAGAAAGAAAGUGGUCAAAAGUGCAAUGUAACACAAAAAGGGAAAGAUAUUGCAGCUAUAUUAAAUUAUGAAUUUGGUUAAUGUCCUAUGGAGUAAUACUAAUGCAUCCACAUUUUUUUUAUAUCCUUAAAGAGAUGAUUUUCAGCGCUCCAGUUAUUUGAUAUAGUUUAUCAAAAUGAAAAUGUUUCAUAACUAGAAAAUGCUUAGUGCAUCUAAACAAAUUUGUUUGUUUGUCUAAUGCCAAUAAUUAAUGAAACUCAAACAGCACCAAUACUCUCUGUUGUAUGAUCGAUGAACUUAAUCAUUGCAAAUUUAACACAUUUUAUGUUUUAAAUUUAAUUGCUGCGGUAUAUCAAAUAGGAUGAUUCAUGCUCAACCCUAGCUGAAGAUGCAACAGAUCCCAGACAAUAUUACAGUCAACUGAUGGUAAGUAGCAGAAUUUACAAAGUCACUUAAGAGGCUGCACCCCUCAUUUGAAUAAUUGUAAAUUUGAAAUGCUAAUCUGAAAGAUCUUACUGCUCUUUGACUCUUAGUUUAGGCAUGUCAUUCUUGUCUUUCUGAAUAUAAAUUCAACACUUGCAUAUGACAUAACCUCAGUUUGGAUAGUAACUCAUCUCAUUUCAGAACAACAUCCAGCUUUUUUUGACAAACAGCGCAAACUGUGAUCUUGAACCCUCUGUCCAUGUUAGCCAAGCUGAAGCAAGUUUAGAAACAUUUUCAGUCAAGUAGGUUUUAUCAGGAACAUUUGGAAUGUAUUUCAAUUUUAGAAGUCCCUUCACAUUCCAUAUUUAUAGGACAAAUCAAAAACAAAAUGUAAGGGACAGAUAUUGCUAGGUAUUAUUCUCUGCAAGCAAUUCAUCUUCUUUUAGUAAAAUUGAAAAUAGCAAAGCCAGUCUAGUGUUAAAGAAAUUGAUGGAUUGUGUAAUUUUUAAAACAUUUAUCUGAUUUAAUCAUUUGGUUUUAUCUUUCUCUAACAGCUAUGGAGACUCGGUAAAUGCCACUUUAGCACAACAAAUCAAUUAUGUGUCCAUGUUGCUGGGAUGUGGUUCAAGUGCUGACCAGUCUGUGGAGAUACGUAACAUGGCUUUUAAAUACCUUCCUGAGGAUCAGCUCCCAGAAAUCGCUAAAUUGUUUCAUCAAGAGGGGGAUAAGUUCUAUAAAAAAAAAACAACAACUGAUAUGUUGCAAAGAGCUUUGUCACAUAACAGGAAUGCUUCAUCCACUCACAAUUCAGCCCUGUUGGGCUUGUCUCCUUGUAACAUGACAAUAGCAACGAAAAGGUAUUUAGCAAAGCAUGGUCUUUUAGGUAAUGACAUGUCAGUUAUAGCCCCUUGUAACUCUGAACAAGUCUCUUUGUGGGAAGUGCCAAAAUUGAAAACAGAUUUCAGUAUUCUAACUGCCAGAGGUGAAGAUUCAACUAGCUUAUUCACUAGCAGAAUAGGAAGUGUCGCUUAUGAAACUUCUUUGGAGAUUCCACAAAGUUCUGAGAGUGUUAAAAAGAGCAGAACACAUGUUUUUCCACCUGUCAUGACACAAGAAACGGCCCCUUUAAACAAUGAAAACUGGUUACCAGCUAAAGUAAAAAAUGCUGUGCCAAUAGAUCUUGGUGCCUCCCCUGUUUUGCCAGCUCCUAGGCAAUAUAAUAGAGAUAAGUCUAAUCCACACUAUGACAGCAAUGAUGUGACUAAGGGCUACCAGUCUCGAAAUGUUAUGAGGGAGGUUAAAGGUCAAGGAUUUCAAGAUGUUACAAGGCAAGUCUUGCAUUCAGCUGCAAGUAUAGAGGAUGAAAAUAUAUUGGACAUUGCUAAGUUGAAACAACUACCAAAGUUACUCUAGACAUCAUUAGAUGGCAUAUGACUUUAAUUGUAAUUACAUUAAAUUAUUUAUGUUUAUUUAUUUUAUAAAAAUUAGGCUAGAAAUAUAGAAUUGCUUUCUCUGAUACUGGGACCAAAAAUUUUGGUACCCUUUACAAUCAACCUUCAAAAAGAGAAGUCUGCAAAAUAAAUAUUUUCUCACUGGUGUUAACAAAUGGCAGUACGAGCUUCUUAAGCUUCUGGUACCGGGUUUCUAAUUUUUAGAGGGCUUAUUAUAUUAUUUGCACAAAGCAUAACAUUGUCAUCUUAAAUAUUUUGAAGAAAAAUGAAUAAAUCUUUAUUUAGACUCAUAUGAAAUAGAAAGGUAAGAGUUAUAUACCGGGUACCAGUAUUUUUUAGGUAAAAUAUUUGAAAGUCUGUUGCGAGAUAAUAUUUAGAAAUUUAAAAAGAGGAAAAAGAGUUAAUGAUCAUGUCAUAUUCUUUAGAUUUGUUGCAUUAAUGAAUUUGUAUUACACUUAUUUUAUUUGGGUACCUGUGGCUUUCAAUAAUUGAUAUGUAGUAAUUAAACCCUGAAAAUUUUUUAAUGUAAAUCAUUCUCA